UACGAAUUUAUUUUAUUUCUUCAAUAAUAUUCCCACCCGAUUCGUGGUCUAUCCCCCAUAGUGGCUUUGUUCCAUUAAUUGAGGCAUCAUCAUCAUCAUCAGAGCCUCCUAAUUCUAAGGUUGGAAGAGGAAGUUAAAGACGACGGGAUUGUGCACAGUCUUCAGAAAGCCCGUCGAUUUGUCCUUGCAGGUUCAAAAUAGCCCAAAAUGCGCAGGUCCUCUGAUUCCGACAGCAGUAACCUCAGGGAGCCCCGCGAUGCGUCAAAGGGAGCCGCAAACAAGAAUGGGUGGUGGAUGAACUUCUUCAUGUGGACGGUGAUCCUCGGGCUCGUUGUCUUCGCCGUCGUCUACGUCUGCGUCCUAUACUACGCCACUCCCCGCGGACGGAUUCUAGUUAGGCCCAAGAAGGACCUCAAGAAGCGUGACGUGCCGCAUCGAACAACUUCCGCGUCAGUGACCAAGUCUGGCCAAGUGGGUGACAGCUGCAGCGCGUCCCGUCCCUGCAAUGAGGAUGGCGAGUGUCUCGAAGGCGUGUGCACGUGCCAAGGCGAGGAUGUGCACGUGAUCAAGGGCACCUGCGUCCGCAUCUCCACAUCGGUCGAGACGUCGUCCGAGGGCUCGCCGGCUGCCAAUACGCCUGAGGCUUCGACGAAGCACAAUGAGCCAAGGAACGUAACCCGUCCGCCUGUUUACAUAACACGCCGGCGCAGUGUUCAUUUGGAUAUCGGGCACAAGCGUCGCGAAACAACGUCGCCUCUGCCAACGUCGAACGAAGAGCGCUGAGUUUACAUUUAUCACGAUGGCGACAUCUAUUUCAACGAUUCCUGGAAAAUUCUGCCUACCAGAAAUCUCAAGAAAAUUCGUGUUCUAAGAUAAGCAGUGUGAAUAACAAAAAAAAAUGAA